CGUGCGGACGCGGCGCGGCCAGCGAGCAGGCGGGGCGGGGCGGGGCAGGGCCGGGCACGGCUGGGCUGGGCUGGGCGAGUCGGGAGCGGCGCCGGCAGGGGCCCGGCGGGAGCGCGCGGAGCGAUGAACUCGCGUAAAGUGCUGGCCCUGCAGGCCCGCAGGCGGCGGCCGAAGCAGCCCGCGGCGGCCGGCAGGAGGGACAAGCACCCGCCGCCCCACAAAAAGCCAGAGCCUCAGCAGAAAGCUCCCUCAGCACCUCCGCCCCCACCGCCACCCCCACCUCCGCCCCUGCCAGAGCCCACCCCGCCAGAGCCAGAGGAGGAGAUCCUAGGGUCCGACGAUGAGGAGCAGGAGGAUCCCGCGGAUUAUUGUAAAGGCGGCUAUCAUCCAGUGAAAAUUGGUGAUCUCUUCAAUGGCCGGUAUCAUGUUAUUAGAAAGCUAGGAUGGGGACACUUCUCUACGGUCUGGCUAUGCUGGGAUAUGCAGGGAAAAAGGUUUGUUGCAAUGAAGGUUGUAAAAAGUGCCCAGCAUUACACAGAGACAGCCUUGGAUGAAAUAAAGUUACUCAAAUGUGUUCGUGAAAGCGACCCUAAUGAUCCCAACAAAGACAUGGUUGUGCAACUAAUUGAUGACUUCAAAAUUUCUGGAAUGAAUGGAAUACAUGUAUGUAUGGUCUUUGAAGUACUUGGACACCAUCUCCUAAAAUGGAUAAUCAAGUCCAAUUAUCAAGGCCUUCCCAUCCGUUGUGUAAAAAGUAUAAUUCGUCAGGUUCUUCAAGGUCUAGAUUAUCUACACAGCAAGUGCAAGAUCAUUCACACGGAUAUUAAGCCAGAAAACAUUUUGAUGUGCGUGGACGAUGCCUACGUUCGUAGAAUGGCUGCCGAAGCUACUGAGUGGCAGAAAGCUGGUGCUCCUCCUCCUUCUGGCUCAGCAGUGAGUACAGCUCCACAGCAAAAGCCUGUUGGGAAAAUAUCCAAAAACAAAAAGAAAAAACUGAAGAAAAAACAGAAGAGGCAAGCAGAGCUGUUAGAAAAACGCCUGCAGGAAAUAGAAGAACUAGAGCGAGAAGCUGAAAGGAAAAAAAUAGAAGAAAAUGUAACCUCAGCUGUACCAUCAAAUGAGCAAGAAGAUGAGUACCACCCAGAGGUGAAACUAAAAACAGCUGAUCUCGAGGAGGUUGUAGAUGAAGAACCUGGAAAUGAUGAUGGUGAAGCAGAAGAUCAGGAUGAAAAAGAAGACACAGAGAAAGAAAACACUGAAAAAGAUGAUGACGUUGAGCAGGAACUUGUCACCCAUGACCCUACAGACCCUAAGUGGAUAGAAUCUCCUAAAACAAAUGGCCAUAUUGUGAAUGGCCCAUUUCUAUUGGAACAACAGAUUGAAGAUGAAGAUGACGAAGAGGAAGAAUGUCCAAAUCAAGAGGAAUAUAAUCUUGAUGAGCCAAAUGCAAAAAGCGAUUACUCUUAUAGCAGCUCUUAUGAACAGUUUAACGGUGAAUUGCCAAACGGACGUCAUAAAAUUCCUGAGUCACAGUUCUCUGAAUUUUCAGCUUCAGUGUUCUCUGGGGCUCUAGAGUCUGUAGCUUGUGGUUCUGCUGUUUCUGAAGGAUCAACUGUAACAGAAAGAGAGGAGAGCAGCCCAUCUCAUGACAGGAGCAGAACGGUUUCAGCUUCAAGCACUGGGGAUUUGCCAAAAACAAAAACUCGUGCUGCUGACUUACUGGUGAAUCCACUGGACCCAAGAAAUGCAGAUAAAAUUAGAGUUAAAAUUGCUGACCUGGGAAAUGCCUGCUGGGUGCAUAAGCACUUCACAGAAGACAUCCAGACAAGACAAUAUAGAUCCAUAGAAGUUUUAAUAGGAGCAGGUUACAGUACACCUGCUGAUAUCUGGAGUACGGCAUGUAUGGCAUUUGAGCUAGCAACUGGAGAUUAUUUGUUCGAACCACAUUCUGGUGAAGACUAUUCCAGGGACGAAGACCACAUAGCACACAUCAUAGAGCUGCUAGGCAAUAUCCCAAGGCACUUUGCUCUAUCUGGAAAAUAUUCUCGGGAAUUCUUCAAUCGCAGAGACCACAUAGCAUUGAUCAUUGAACUGCUGGGAAAAAUCCCUCGAAAAUACGCUAUGUUGGGGAAAUAUUCCAAGGAGUUUUUCACCAAAAAAGGAGAACUCCGACACAUUACGAAGCUGAAACCUUGGAGUCUUUUCGAUGUGCUGGUGGAGAAGUACGGCUGGCCUCAUGAAGAUGCUGCGCAGUUUACAGAUUUCCUGAUCCCCAUGCUAGAAAUGGUCCCAGAAAAACGUGCUUCAGCUGGAGAAUGCCUUAGGCAUCCGUGGCUGAAUUCUUAGCAGAAUUUCUCAGCUGUAAAAGCAAGCCAGCAACCACUUUCCAAUGCAUCGGACCUAAACGGUGACUGUCACAAAUCCUCUAGCAGGAUCACCCGUGAGCUGGCUUCAAUCCUCAGACCUUUAUUUUGCUUGAGGUACUGUUUGACAUUUUGCUUUAUGUGCACUGUGUUCUUGGGGAAGGGUAGUCUUUUUGUCUUCAGCUAGUAGUUUACUCACCCACUUUCUUCAGAAAACACUUAACGUGUCUUUAAGCAUUGUUUCUUGUGUUGUGUGGCAUUCAGAUGUCAGAUUUUUGAACAAAAGAAACUUCCUCCCAUGUGUUUUGGCAAGUUUUGUAACUAUUUAUGAAAAAACUAUUUUAGCUGAUGCAUAUUAUAUAAUUUACAAGCGUAAGAAAUUUAUGAAGUCAGAAGUGAGUUACGGCAAGGAAUUGUACAAUUUUAUCUUCUGGCAAAGGGACGUCAUUCUUGUAUUAUAGUGUAUGUAAAUGCACCCUGUAAAUGUUUAUUUCCAUUUAAAUAUGGGACUGGGGACUCAAUUUCAGAGUAAAGCUACUAAGUUUUAGAGAGCUUUAUAGCAAACCGAUUGCAUGUAGUGGACUUUAAACUGCUUUAAGGAAUUGUGUAAACUUUCUAUUCUGUAGCAGUUCCCGUUCAUUGGAUUUUAAACAAAGUGGCUCUGGUUUACAGGAUUUCAUUCCCCAAAUGGCACUUUAAAGGAAGGCUAGACUUCUUUCUAAUAAAGUAUGCAUUAUCAUUUAGCACUCCCUUUUAGAACUUUUGCCUAUUUUAAGUGCUUUUAAGGAAAUAAAAUAGCAAUUUCCCUUACAAUGUGAUAGUGAAGACAUGGUACCAUAUGGUGUUGCCUUUUUCUAAGCACUGUAAGUUGUACUAUACCUUAAGAAAAAAAUUAAAGGUCGAGCAUGAGAACCACUCUCUGUGUAGAAUUACUGAUCUUUUAUAAUAAAAGUGUGCGCUUGGAGUCAGUGAAGGGAGGAUAGCUGCAGAUAUUUACAGUGCAGUGGGUAAAACGCAAGAAGCGAGAUCAUGCUCAUUCCAUUCAUAGCUUUACAUGUUUCUAAAACGAAUUGCACUAGCUUUAUUUUUUCCCAUAACUAGACAUACAGUUCUUCUUUGUAUGUUGCACGCAAAACUACGUGUUUCCUAGGAAAAAAGCUACACGGACUGAAGCUUAUAGGCAAUACAGAUUUUAGAAUGUACGAUACGGAGGUGCGUUUUGGCCUCUUUUAGAAGUCAGUGGGAUGAAUGUAAGCUUACUUCUGAUUUUCAUAUAACUAUGGUGCCACUUUUUAUUGACUUUGUCCAUAUGACAUUUAUUCACAUGCCUUUGCAAUAACUAGAUUGUGAGAAGAUGAUAGCCCCAUGCUGUAACAAUAACCAGUUGUUUGAGGUGCUUGCAGUUGUCUAAUUAAAGUGUUUUGUUUUUCCAGA